UUCAUUUCUCAGUAUCGCCUGCUCCCUCACGCACACAUCACACAGCCGAAGAAGCACACUCUGAGCUGCGGAAAUGGCGCCGAAGCAGAGAACCCGCAACCCCGAGCUCAUUCCCGGAGUCCGAAAGGUCUCCCGCUCCGCCAUGUACCACAAGCGUGGUCUUUGGGCUAUCAAGGCCAAAAACGGUGGCAAAUUCCCCCACCACGAGAAGGCCGUCGCCGCCGCUCCCGUGGCUGAGAAGCCUCCUAAGUUCUAUCCCGCCGAUGAUAUCAAAAAACCUCUCUCCAACACACGCAAGGCCAAACCCACCAAGCUCAGGGCGAGCAUUACCCCAGGGACAGUGUUGAUCAUAUUGUCUGGGAGGUUUAAGGGCAAGAGAGUUGUCUUCCUCAAGCAGCUUUCUUCUGGAUUGCUUCUUGUCACUGGUCCUUACAAGAUCAACGGUGUUCCCCUAAGGCGUGUGAACCAGGCCUAUGUUAUCGGAACAUCUACAAAGGUUGACCUUUCUGGUGUGAAUGUUGAGAAGUUUGAUGACAAAUACUUCGCCAAGCAGGUUGAGAAGAAAAAGGAGAAGACAGAGGCUGGGUUCUUCAAGGGACAAGAAGAAGAGAAAAAUUCGCUCCCCACUGAGAAGAAAGAUGACCAGAAAACUGUAGAUGCAGCUUUGUUGAAGACACUCGAGACUGUCCCAGAAUUGAAGGCUUAUUUGGGUGCUCGAUUCUCACUCAAGGCUGGGAUGAAGCCUCAUGAGUUGGUGUUUUAGACGAAACGCUUUUUCGAAUUUUUAGAUCUGAUUUUGUUAUAUUUUAUUUACCUUUCGACCCUUGAACCAAAUGUUGAAGAUUGUAGUAUCAAGAACAUAUAUUGCUUGGUAUGACAUUGAAAUUUUGUUUGGUACUCUUUUUAUUGUUUCUGUCACUAGAUUUCUUGAUAUGUUUUAUGUUCCGAAAAGUGUUGAAAUGUUUUAUGUUCUUAAUUAUACUUUUGAUCAGUUUUUGAUCGUUGU